AUGAUGAAACAGGACGCCGAGGCCCGGCGCAGCCGCGCGCUGCGGAGGGCGGCGGAGGAGCGGCACCGGGCGGGCCGCCUGGAGGCGGAGGCGCAGCGGCUGCGCGCCCAGCUCGAGGAGCUGCGCCGGGAGCGCGCGCGGCUGCGACGCCGGCUGCGGCGCCUGGAGCCCUGCGCGCGCCUGCUGGAACGAGCGCUGGAGCAGCGGCCCGAGUUCCAGGAGGUCCCCGAGCUGGUGGCGCGCUUCGACGGGCUGGCGGACACGCGGGCGGCGCUGCGGCAGGUGGAGCGCGAGCGGCUGGCCGAGCUGGAGGCGGCGCGGGCGCGGCUGCAGCGGCUGCGGGACGCGGGGCAGGACGAGCUGCUCGCGCUGGGCCAGCGGCGAGCGCAGCUGCACGAGCGCCUGGAGGCGGCGCGGGCGCGCAAGCUGCAGUGGGAAUCCAAGUGGAUUCAGAUCCAGAACACAGCGGCUGCGAAGACCCUGCUCCUGGGGCGCGCUAGCAUGUCAGUGCUCAACCUGUACCAGUUGGUGUGCCAGCAUCGGAAGCAGCCACCGGCCCUGGACGUUGAGGACACAGAGGGACAGCUGGAGCAGGUGAAGCUGUUCAUCCAGGACGUCUCUGCCAUGCUGGCCAGCUUUGGCCAGGCCAAGCCUGCAGCCCCAGCCUCCUAG